GAUUCCUCUGAAGCGCUGACUCGGAGCAGACAGUCGUCCACGAUAACCGGCUGUACGGCUGCAGCCUCCGGCUUAUCUCCGCGGAUCGGUUCCCCCUCCGGUACCAGCAGCGGCACCGUUCUCUCCUUUAUCACCUAAAUCAAACAGAGCGGAGGGGGGAGAUGCGCCAGCGUUUCACUUUCUGUGCCCGGAUCUGACAUCUUCUUCCCCGGAUCUUUGUGUUUUCGGACGGGAGGCUGCGGCUGCUCCUCAGCAGAUGCGUUGAUCAGUAUGUCGUCCUGGUGGCAACGGCCUGAUGCAUUCACGAGAAGGCAGCAGGAAGAAGAUUACUGAGGGAUUAAGACACACGUGGGCACACGCAAACACAAGUGGACGGAUUGGGGAUUCAACCUCCAUCCAUCUGAAUGAAGCCACCUAACUGAUACUGACACCCUGGGUGGUAUCAUGGAAGAAGAGGAGGAGUCGACAGAGGCUCAUUGAUUUUUAAACCCCCAUGGCCCCGCCUCCUUCCUCCUGCAUCAUCAUCAAAAGCUUCAACUGAUCUGUGAGAAGUACAGAAGGUUGCAGAUUCUCUCUGUGGUGUCCCACGGUGCCUCGGCACUUGAGAUUCCAACAAGCUAUUUCGGAUUUUUGUAAAUGCAUCAGAUUAUGUUAAAAACUAAAGUGUCAGAAGGGAAGAUAUUGAAGAGAAAGUUCUAUUUUUAAACCCUCGCUUUGCCAGCGCACGUUUAAAACACGAGGCAACAAGAUGACUGGCAAACCAAACGUUAGAUUUCGAUCUGUUCCAAUUUUGGCUCGAGCACUCUUCGCCCCACAAGCAAAAAUCUCAGAAUUUCAUCCUCGGUUAUAAAAUGAGUCAAAGAAAACCUGAUCUGCGAAGAGUAUAGCCUCGAGCGAAUUUAAAUAGGGAGGGAGGGAAAAUUUAACGCACAAAGACGUUUUUAUUCUUCUGGACCUAAAGGACAAAUAAUGUAUUUUUUUCAUUGUGGAAUGAAAAUUCUGCUUUUCCAGGAACUAGUCGCAAUAAAGUUGGCUGUAUUUUGAGCUUGAACGUUAAAAAUAAAAUAAAAUUUGAACAAUUCUCUAAAGAAAUGUCAGGUGUAGCUACAGGCAAAAUGUAACAAGACAUCCUAUCCUUUUACCUGCUUAUAAAAUCUCACAAAUCUCUCCAGUCUCAGCUCUGAUGGCCAGCCAGAGCAUUCCUCUCUUUUUCCAUGGCUUUGAACUCAGUGGUCACUUCGCUGACCCCCGACCUCUUGGUACGGGUGUCACUGGCCUGGUCCUGUCGGCUGUUGACCAGCGCACCGGACAGCGUGUAGCAGUUAAAAAGCUGGUGAUGCGGGAUGCGGUCGCAGCCAAACAUGCCCUGCGGGAGGUAAAGAUCACCCAGAGACUGCACCACGAGAAUGUAGUGCGGGUCCAUGAGGUGCUAGCUCCGUAUGGACGACCCUUGCCCAGAGACCCGUCUCAGCUCGGUGCCCUGUACAUCGUCCAGGAGUGCAUGGAGACCGAUAUGGCCCGGCUGCUGGACCAAGGACCUUUACCAAGAAGUCACGCCACCCUGCUGUUCUACCAACUGCUGAGGGGACUGAAGUUCAUCCACUCAGCCAAUGUCCUCCACCGAGACCUGAAACCUGCCAACAUUUUCAUCAACACAGAUCAGCUGCUGCUCAAGAUCGGUGACUUUGGGUUGGCCAGAAUAGUCGACCCGCAUUAUUCUCACAAGGGUUAUCUGUCUGAAGGUUUGGUAACUAAAUGGUAUCGUUCCCCUCGUCUGCUCCUGUCCCCUAAUAACUACACCAAAGCCAUAGACAUGUGGGCUGCUGGCUGCAUAUUGGCUGAGAUGCUCACUGGACGGAUGCUGUUUGCAGGAGCCCACGAGCUGGAGCAGAUGCAGCUGAUUCUCGACACAGUGCCGGUGCUGAGAGAGGAGGACAGGCAGGAUCUGAUGCAGGUGAUGCCUUCAUAUGUCAGUAAUGGGUGGAAAGUCAGGAAACCCUUUUCUGAGCUGCUGCCUGAAGUGGAUGCUCAGACUGUGGAUUUUCUGGAACGCAUUUUGACCUUUAACCCCAUGGAUCGUCUGACAGCUGAAGAGGCCCUGUCCUACCCGUUCCUCCAGCAGUACUCCUGUCCCGAGGACGAGCCCACCUCAUCACAUCCCUUCCGCAUUGAGGACGAGCUGGACGGCCUCAUUACAGAUCAAAGUCUGAGUAACAGUCAGACCUCCAGCUUUUACUGGGAAAGAUCUGACAACAGUUUAUCAACAAAUACGUGCUGGCAACAGUCAAGUGGGAGAUGUCGCUGCAUGCCUGCAGAACAAAAUCUAUCUGACCUUGGAGACGUCACCGAUAAUGAAGAGGUGCAGAAGGACCCACGGGCUAAUUCCAGCUCAGUGACAGAAGAGGCUCAGAUUGACCCCCGGAAAUAUUCCCACAGCAGCUCAGCAGAGCGUUUCUUGGAGAACUCCCACUCCUCUCUGGAGCGGGUGUGUGGUUUAGUGUACGGGGAGCUUGACUGUGGCCGCUCCUGCGAUUACAAAGUGGGUUCUCCUUCAUAUUUAGAUAAAAUUGCCUGGCGAGAAGGAAAGCCUCAGCACUACUCAGAACCUAAACUGAUUUUGGAUCUGUCUCACUGGAAGCAAAACAAUAGCAGCCUCCCCUUGCAGGCUGAGCCCGUCGGCUGCAGUGUGGAGAACCUGGGGGAGAUGAACGAGGAAGACGAGGAAAAAAAGGAGGAAACUGGGGAUUUGUUCCAGGAAAUCUCUCGUUGGGUGGAGACCACUCAGUCUCGUCUGCACUCGCCCAGUUCCAGCCUUUCAAUGGAGCAAUCCUCACCCUCCUGUUACACCUCCUCUCCUCCCCUCCCUCUCUCUCCCACUGACCUCCCAGUAUUCCACAUCAAGGAAGUUGUACAACAGCCAUCACCUGAAUUUGACCUGGGCAGACUGAGCCCUCCUUCCACACCUUGUUCCAACCUGCUUCCCUCCAUUUUCCCUUCAUCUCCCACAGCUUCUGUUCCUCCUCAGUCACCUCCCUCGACCACACCGCUUGUGCAACUCUCAGAAUCUCAGCCCCUUUCCUCCACCUGCUCCAUGUCUCGGUCAGUGAACGCCGACUCAGCGGAGUGUCUCGCUGUCAAGCAAAAGGAACGUUUGUUUGACCUGGACGUCUUUAUAUCUCGAGCGCUGAAACUGUGCAGGCAGAAUAAGGAGAAAGUCAGUGGGAAGAAAGGAAAAGAUGGAAGGUGGACAGAGGAGAGCAAAAUGCCAAACAUUCAAGUAUCCCCACUUCCAGAGCACAGGACGUCACCAUCACAAACUCCCAACUCCUAAUGAUGUUCUCCAACUUCAGGUUCUGCACAACAUUUUAAAUGUUAGCACUUGCAAAAGCUUACUGUACACUGACGGAUGUCUCUUGUGGAAUAUGCUGCUUUAACAGUUUCCGUAGCAACUUCUUCCUUUUUGGUUUGACUGCGAAGACAUAAGCUGUGACAAACCUUCAGUUACAGUUAGAAUCAUACAGCUUUGCUUUGAGAUAUUCUCAUGCUGUACACUGAAAGAAAUGAAAGGUUGAGUUUACUUAACCAAAUGAUGUCAACUGGUUCCACUUAACAGCUGAAAUUUAAUGCAUAAUAUGUAGAUCACUCUAUACAUUCAAAGUUACACUGAGCAGUUUCCUACUCCUCUGCCCUACUGGUUGAAAG